UGUAGUGAAAUGUCAGGGUGACUUGGAGCCGGCACAAGCUGCUGCCACAGAAACUCGCAUGAUCCAUAAAUACCUUUAACAUAGACCCCAGGCACAGAAGAGCCGUCGCGUUACUGCUGCCGGCCGCUCUCCGGACACUUUCUCCGAAGAACGAGGGUAACACUCAGUGAUAACAUUGUCAGCGGGCCGGCACCAUGUCUGAGAGCAGAAGCCAGGAGCUUGAAGCAGGGGCGGGUACCAGCGGGGAGCUGGAUGACGACGAGCUCCUCGCCACCUUGUCUGCCGAAGAAUUAAAGCAACUGCAAAAUGAGAUGGAAGACCUGGACCCUGACCCACAGGUGCCCCUGGGCCACAGGCAGAAAGAUCACACGGGGAAAGCGCCCACUGGCUCCUUCGAUCACAGGUCCUUGAUUGAGUACUUGUUCUGGGAGAAGGAAUCGAACCGACUGCUGGAGGAAGAAAGGAUUCCGGUCACUCUGCUGGAGGGCGAGCAAAAUACAACGAAAAAUGCCGAUGAGACACAAGCUGGAAAACACUGUGAGGAGGGAAAGAAUGAAAGUGAGGCAGAACACAGUGAUGGAGGAGAAGAAAGAGAGGACAACCGUGAUGGAAAUAGCCCGCAGGUCCGGCAGGUGGCAGACGGCGAGCUGGAGAGCAAAGCGGUCCCUUGCAAAUCAGAGAAGGAGAAUGAGCUGGUGGAAACAAUGAAGGCACAGCAAAACAAAGAAAUGCCAGUGACUGAACCUGAUGCUGAACAUGAAAGUAAGAGCAGCAACACGGAGAAAGUCGAGGAGAAGGACCCGGAUCAGCCGCACGGCCAGCGGCUGACCGAAAACACCGAUUCUUUGUGCGACGAGGCAGAUGCAGGAUUCUCCAAGGACGGGGGCGAAGUAAAUAAUGGCGAAGGGGAGCCCAAGAAAGAACUCCCCGCACCACAAAAAGAAAGCAACGAGCCAAAGGGGAAAUUAAAGGCAGGAAAGAAGCUGGAAAUGGACAGUAGUUUCCUCAAACUUACCGCUAGGCCUUCAGGAAACCCAACGCUGUUGGACGAGUCGCUAGCAAAUAUCCGCAAGAACAAGCCAGAUGUUAAAGAGGUCAACCUGAAUAACGUAGAGAACAUCCCAAAAGAUAUGCUGAAAAGCUUUGUGGAAGCUUUAAAGAAGAACAAGCAUGUAACCUCUUUCAGCAUCACAAACACAGGUGCCGAUGAUAAUAUUGCCUUUGCCAUAGCCAAUAUGCUGAGAGAAAAUAAGAAAAUCAUUACCCUCAACAUUGAAUCCAACUACAUCUCAGGCAAAGGGAUUGUGGCUAUUAUGAGAUGCUUGCAAUAUAACGAGGUCCUCACCGAGUUAAGGUUUCACAACCAAAGGCAUAUGUUGGGUCAUCAUGCUGAGAUGGAAAUUGCCAGACUCCUCAAAGCCAACACAACGCUGCUGAAGUUGGGUUAUCACUUUGAGUUGCCGGGGCCCAGGAUGGUAGUCACCAACUUGCUGAGUCGCAAUCUGGAUCAGCAGCGGCAGAAGAGGCUGGAGCAGCAACGAAACCAAUCUGCACAGGAGCAAGAAGUCCUGGUGAACGCCUGUCAGAAAAUCUCCCCCGCAACACUGGCAAUGUUGGAUGCCUACAUGCCGAGUUUCUCCAACCUGUGUGAUGAAGAUCACUUCCUCCCGCCCGUCGCCUUUCACAGUCGCCCGCCAAGCACUGCUCCAAAUGUGCAACUUAGAAAAAGGCCCAAACAAACAAGUAAACAAAAAGUUAUUCAAGAUAGAACAGGUGGGAAUGAAACGCCAAACUUAAAGGCUAUGAUAAGGUCGCUAAAGCCAGUUCCCAGGACGCGACAGGCACCUGUGGUUGAACGUACCCCUCGAGAUAAGUUGCUAAAUGAUAUUCGUCAGAGCAACGUGGCCUAUUUAAAAUCUGUUCCUCUUCCAAAGCUGUUGGGUUAGUCGUGUUAAUGUGGAGUGUCAGUAAGCCAGAUAUUUGGCUAAAAUUUCAAAAUCGUGCAACAAUGGAGGAGGAGUGUCACAAUAAACCUUUGACAGAUUCCUACUGUUUGCAUAUCUGUGUGGGAACAAUUAAUAAGAACAGGUUGGAGGUGUUUAUGCAUAAAAGCCUAUUGUCUUAGAAAGUUAUUUAUUCACUUUAAUUUGUAUCUUGGAAUUGGGAAUGUAUUAUAAAAUUAUACAAUUAUCAGC